UUGCAACAAAUCUCAGUUUUGUUCACUGGAAUGCGAUCUGCCUGAAAGACUUGUUUGAAACAAAACUUCCACGCGGAGGCGGCAUAGAACCAUGAUAGACGUUAGGAACUUAAGGUGGACAUUUCUGUCUUCCAAAUCUCUUUAACUUUAAGCUAUCGUCUUCUAAACAGAUCCAAAAGCUUUUAAAUAAGUCCUAACAAGCUCCUAAACUCUUCAUUUAAUUUCCAGAAAGCUCCAAAAGAUCCGCGGACUCCCGCAGCGCCUCCAGCCGCUCCAGACGCGGACCCCUGGCUCCUCCAGGACACACCCAUGCGGGCCCAACCGAACACGUUGGACCAGUGAUGACUCCGAAGGGGGUGUGUCCUCCUGUAAAAGAAGUCAGUGUUGCCCCGCUGCCAGUCCUCCUCCUCCUCCUUGCCCUCCCUCCUCCUGCGCGCCCUAGAGAAAAUUGGGGAGCCGACACGCAGUCGAAGUCGCGCGCGCCUCUAAGAGAAAGAGGAAAAGAUUUUCCACAAAAAGAAGCUCGACUGCAAGUCGGAUACGUUCUUAAGGAUCUUAAAGCCUCUCCUGAAACCAUGGGGGACGUGGUUUCCUCUCACCUGGACGAGGCCAGGCGGGGGAUGAUAACAGCUCAGACUCGAGAUGUGAUGAAACAGUUUGGAAAAUUGUACGAGCAGCAGUACGCCGUCGCCCUCUUCAACAGUGUUCGCUUUGAGAUCGAAGGAGGCGGAGGAACGCAGUCACAGCUGCUCCACAGAAAAGACCCUCUGGCAGGCCACUGCAUCUUCUCUGGGAGUCUCUAUCAGUACUUGGAGGAGACUCGGAAAUGGAGGGGCCGCUUUGUGUCUGUGACUAACAGCUACACUCUCAGCCUGUAUGACAGCCAGGCGGCUCACGACCGGGGUCUCCAGUCGAGGGUUACCAUCAACUGUGCCGGGUACAGGGUCCUGUGUUCGAUGGAGGAGUACAUGGAUGUGAUCCACAACAGCCUCCCAGAUAUAAAGGCCAAAGUGGGAAACCGUCCGUUCAUCAAGUUGGACAACAAGUUGCCCCUCAUCCUGUGGCACCCCUACGCUCGCCACUACUACUUCUGCGUGGUGACGGAGAAGGAGCAGAAGAAGUGGCUCGCCGUGCUGCGGGACUGUGUCAGGCACAGCAACAACGCUCUGCCAGAGGACUGCAUCGUUGAGACGCCAGCCUUCACCGACUCCGUGAGACUCUACAGACAGGCCAAAGGGCACUACGGCUCCUGGGACAUGAUGUGUGGAGCAGCGCCUCAGAUCCUGGCUAACCUGGUUAUGGAGACGCUCCACCCGCAGCUCAGACACGUGAUCGGCCCUCGUCUGAAGGGAAAGAUGCAGCAGAGGCAGAGGAACUGGAUGCUGAUCUGUGCUGCGGCGUACAAGCAGGUGCUGGCUCAGGCCAGCAGCCAGUACGAGGCUCUGACAGAGGCCUGCGGGGCACACAGGGCCCAGCUGGAUGCCAGACUGAGGACGGACAUGGACCAGAUCAUCACGUCCAAGGAGCACGUCACCAGCAAGAUCAGAGCUCUGGUUCUCCCCAAAGCGGAGGAGCUCCUCCGGACCAGCAUCCAGCCCUACAUCAACUCCAUCCUGGAGGCGCUGAUGGAGCCCACCAGCCGUGGCUUCUCGGAGGUUCGAGACGUGUUCUUUAAGGAGCUCGUGGAGAUCAGCAAGAACUCCCUGAAUGGAGGUGGCAAAGAGAAACUGGGAGAGCAGCUGGACCGGCUCUCCAUGCUGGCCUUCCACCCGGUGAAGAUGCAGGGUAGUUAUGAGAAGAUGGAGCAGCUGAACCUGGAGGGGCUGCAGCAGAGGUUCGAUGUUUCCAGCCCCUCCGUGUUCAUCAGCAGGGCUCAGAUCCUCAUGAGGGAGCAAAUGGACAAUGCCGUGUACACGUUUGAGCAGCUACUCCAGCAAGCCCUGGAGGCUCAGGGCCAAGACGAUGUCUGCAAUACCAUCCAGAAAUGUCAGGAGAGGGUUCUCAAGAAAUACGAUUAUGACAGCAGCACAGUGCGCAAGAAGUUCUUCAGAGAAGCUCUGCUGCAGAUCAUCAUCCCCUACAUGCUGCAGCAGCUGGCCCCGGCCUGCACCCCUGAACUGCCCCGCUUCCAGGAGCUGAUCUUUGAGGACUUUUCCCGCUUCCUCCUGGUUGAGAACAUGUACGAGGAAGUGGUGCUCCAGUCUGUCACCAAGGAGAUAAUGAUGGCUGUGAAGGAGGCUGCUGUACAGAGGAAACACAACCUCUACCGGGACAGCAUGAUUCUGACCAGCAGUGACCCCAACCUGCACCUCCUGGAGGAAAGCCCGUCGGUGGACUGGGCUGCCAAGUUUGGGGGGGAGGAGCCAGACGGCUCCAUGAACAGCUCAGGUGAAGGCCGGGCCCCAGAGAGACGACGCAGGCAGGUGGUGUCCAUGAUACACCUUGACGAUGGGCCUCUGCCCUACGAAUCUUGUCUGGAGGUCCCGGCGGUGGAGCUUAUCCCAGAGGAGGACGGACAGAUUUUUGGAGAAGGAGAAGAAGAGGAGGAGCCAGACUCAUCGGAGGACCCUAAGUCUCCUGACAGUGUGAAUUUGAUCAGGGAUCUGAUCAACCCGGUGGUGGAAGUAGAGAUCUCCACCGCAGAGGAGCAGCUGAGCCCCGUCAGCAGCGGGACAGACGCCACCAAGGGGCUCAUCGCCGUGGAGGACGGGCUGCUGGAGGAGGUGACGCACGUCACCACCAUCGUGGAGAGCCACUCCAAGAAAUCGCCUCAGACAAUCCUGCAAAAGCUGGGCACAGUCAAAAAGUGCGAGGAGGGGGGAGCUCUGCAGAAGGAGGAGAAGGUGGACCCAGAGGAAGAAAGCGAGGAGGAAGCUGUCGAUGAGUUGCCACAGCUGGCUGCAGACUCCAGCUCCCAAAAUGACAGCGGUUUUCAGUCGCUGACCAAUGACAGGCUGAGCCAGGGCGAGCCUCUGCCAAUCAAAGCUGGCCUUGGUGGGGAGGGGCCCACCAUCAGCCCCACGCAGGUGGAGGUGCAUUUAGUGUAAGGGACGCUGGAGAAAAACAUCUCCGUUAAAGAAUGCUGCAAAAAGUCCAAAUUCAAUCCAUAUUGGUGUCAUUUCUAACUUAUAAAAGCAACGAUUAACAUUUCACUGAGAAGGAAGGACACUUCAGUUUAUCACAAGUGAGAUUCCUCUAUAUUUAAUAUGUAUUAUUCUUUAUAAAAAGUAAUUCUUUCUCAGUGAAAAUGUACCAUAAAUGACUCUAAUCAGAUUAUUUGUGGCAGAAAUUCCAAACUUUUUGUUGGCACAAAGUCCCCCCCCCCAUCUGCUGUGGAUGCUUCAUGACACUAGAGUGACACUAAAUCAGCUUAUGAAGAGCUUGAGACUCCCGGCAGACGGGUGAAGCCCCCGCCGUGCCGCUUUGCUCGGAGACGCUGCUUUCCUCAAACUCAUUUGAAACAUUUCAGCGGGAGAUUAUUUAUGACUCUGCCGGUUAGUCUAUGGAUUCUGUGGGCAGCAGGGGGGGCUUUAGAAAACACCUCACUUUUCCUGCUUCUGCAUUCAUUUUAACUCCAAACUUUAAAAAAGACCUUCCUUUCUAAAAGGAAUUUUAGAAAAAAGCUAUGUACGUUUUUGUUGUGGUUGCAAGUGGCCUGUAUGUUUCAAAAGAUGCGUUGUCCCCCGAAGGAGAUCUGGUUUCUUUUCUCUCUUGGGGAAAUAAGCCGACUCUCUUUGAACCGAUCUUCAGUGUGGAAGACUUUCAUCUGGAAUCUGAAUGUUUCUGUCAGCAUCGCCGUUUCGCUCGGCCCGCUUCACUCAUUCACAUCCAUCAACAGUUUAAAUGAGAUCAUAAAAGCUCUUUGAAAACAAAACUUUGAUGCCUGAAAAAAACCUCGUGGUUUUAUUAACAAUCAGGCUUGAGAGCUGCACAACCUCUCUGGCUGCCUGGAAGUUAAGCUACUAUGCAAAAAAGUAAGAAAAAACUAUGUUUGGACAAACAAUCAACUGCAAAUUGAUUGAAUACAUUUGCAUAAAUCAACCCGAUCAGUCUGAGUCUGUUCUCAGGGGACCAGCAGCUGCAGGGGACAGUCUGAUCAGAUUUGUAAAUCUUCCACAACAUUUUGGACGAUCCAGAGUUUUAUCUUCCCGGUUUCCUCUCUUAUUUAUUAUGCCACCGUUGAGGGUCCAGCUUCUUUUUUUUUAUGGAGAAGCUUUUCCUUUUUGUGCAUCUGUCUGCUCAAGUGUGUUUUAAACAAAACCUAAUAAAAAUAUUGGAUCCUGCUCAGUCA